UACUCUCUGUAGCCAGAGAGCAAGUAGGAAGUGCUGCUCGGGUGCCUCUCCACUCCUCUAUCAAUGCAGCUUUCAUUCUCCCUCGGUGGGGCAAGAUGGAAGCAGUACAAAAGGACUACUGGUACUUUGUGGUACUCAUCUUUCUCCCUUUUCUUAAAGUCGCCACCCAGCAGAAAGAGGCUGUAGUUCGACUAGAGGAGGGGAUGAUCCUCCGCUGCUUGUGCCCCUGGGAAGGGAACCUCAGCAUGGUGUCCUGGACCAAAGUGCCCGACAGGAAUCCAGUGGCCGUUUUCCAUCCAGAGUUUGGAGUGUCAUUUUCUAACCAUUACAAAGAGAGAGUAGAGUUCUUGAGGACCACGCCAAUGGAUGGAAGCAUUUCCAUCAGGAACGUCACCCACCAGGAUAUCGGGACGUAUCACUGCUCUGUGCAGACCUUCCCUCAGGGACCGUGGACCACUGACAUUCAAGUGGAUGAUUUAGAUGAGCCGCCGCCAGAAGAAGAGCCCGAGCCCCCGUCCCCGGAGGAGAUCGUGGCCGACUCGGAGUUGGUGGCGGAGGAGAACAGCAACCUAACCGUCACGUGCAACCGUCAGCACAACGCCACGGUUCACCAGGUCAUCCUGGAGAGGAUGCUGCGCGACGAGCCUUGGAGUAUUAUCGGGGUGUGCAAGAAGGCGGAUGGGGGCCUGGUGAGCGAGGACUACAGCGUCAGGGGCAGGGUCAGCUGUGCAGACAGCCUGGAUGUCAGCCUGCAGCUCAUCGAUGUUACACAGGAAGACGGGGGUUUCUACCGCUGUACCUUUAACACGGACGUGGGAGUGCAGACCACCACUGUGCAGCUGACUGUUAGUGAAUCAGGUGGAAUCAGCCUGUCUUUAUACAUGAUGUACAUUUACAUCGGAGUUGGAGCCGCUGGACUUGCCAUUCUCACUGCCAUCAUCAUACUGGCAAUGAGGCACAGAAAGAAGAACAAGAGAGAGGAGUACAGAGUCAAACUGCACCCGUCUCACAGACAGCCUAACUUCUAUGAGAACAUGCCCAUGUGUCCCAGGAUGUCCAAGAAGUCCAGGAAGAUAAAAACCUGUCCGGUCUAUGCCAACGUACAGACCAUUAGACCACCCACCGCUAGACGUCUGCCUCGAGAUAAAUGAUUUAAACACGGUACCUCGUAUCGUCUGCGCAGUGGCAGAUUGCACUUAUUUAUUUGAAUUUUCUUUUUUAAUUAGAGACUACAUGAGCCGUGCUAUGAAAUGAGUCACUGGUGCUCAUCUCAGGGUUUGUUUGGGUCCGGUUUCUACUGCCACUAAUUAAAUGUAAUGCAUAAUUACUGUUGAGGAAAUAUUUGUUUUCGGGCAAAACAAUAUUUGACAUUAGCCGCCACGCUGAAGAGCAGACAAAAGCCUGCAUAAUCAUGCCUUUCACUCCUCUAACCCCCGAGUAAAACGCCUGACAAAAGCCCGUGUAAUUGCCCCCCUUUUUUACUUUCAUCCCUCCUGGUUUCCAUUCAGAGCUCGACAAUGCUGUCUAAUCAUCUAACAGAAAAGAAAAGCAGUCACUCAGCACCGUACCAUCACUUGAGACCGUUGCUUUACCCCGCGGGCUUUCUGUCUAGGAUGGUUGCAUUCUAGUUAGUAUCAAAGCUAAACUCUAAUUAGCUAAUCUGUGCUUUCAUUUAUACCUCCUUACCCUGUCAGUCUGUCGGUGUGCUGUUUAUUAAUGAAUGUUUGUUUUUGUUUUUUUUUUCCUUUAUGAGAUGUAAAAAAAAAGAAAAUGAUUUUUAUGAAAAGUUUUCCAAGUUGUAUUUAUUCCGCUUCCUCCUGUGAAUCGAUAUUUAAGGUUAAUGGUGCCACGGAGCUAUGUGCUGUUUGUGUAAUCUAAUUCAUUUAUCUCCAUAGAAGUGGAGGCACUGGCAGAGGCAGUAAUGGAUAUGCGGGCUAUUCCGCUAGGAAACAAGGCAAAUGUGGACAUGGUAGAAAUGUGCAACGUAAAAAAAAAAAGGGACAAUGUAGUUUGGAGUCACACAAGCUUCUUUUUCCUCAUCCCGCUGUUCCUGCCGGAAGAAUUGUACAGUUGACUGCCAUGACGCUUGUGAUGCUGAAACUGAUCUGUGUGGUUGUUAACGACAAAUAAAACACAGUGUCAUAGCCUC